AUGACGAAAGUUCGUAUAAAUUUUAAUAAUAGUAUUAUAUUAGUAGUUUUUAUCUUGGUGGUGUUAGUAUGUACUAGUAGUGGUUUUUCAAAUAUUGACAAAAGCAACAAUUUAAUGAAACGACAAAAUAAUUCAAAAUCACCUAAUACACCGGCUACUGCUCCCAAAAAUACUCCAAAUACUCCAAACACCCCGGCUCAAAAUACACCAAAUUCUCCCAAAAACGUUCCAGCUCAAAAUACACCAAAUUCUCCCCAAAAUGCCCCAGCCCAAAGGACACCCGUACAAAAUACGCCCGUACAAAAUACGCCUGUCCAAAAUACACCCGUGCAAAAUCAACCCGUGCGUAGUAUACCCGCUCAAAAUACGCCUCAAGAUACACCUGUUCAAAACAAUCCUCCUACUCAAAACAAUCCUCCUGCUCAAAACACGCCAACACAAGAUUCACCAGUUUUGAAUACACCAACACAAGAUUCACCAGCCUUGAAUACACCAACGCAAGGUGCACCAGUUCAAAAUAUACCAACGCAAGGUGCACCGGUUCAAAAUAUACCAACACGAGGAGCAUCGGUUCAAAAUACACCAACACAAGAUGCGCCAGUUCCAAAUACUCCAACACAAGAUACGCCGGCUCCAAAUACACCAACACAAGAUGUGCCGGUUCAAAAUAUACCAACACAAGGUACACCGGUUCCAAAUGCGUCAACACCAGGUGCACCGGCUUCAAAUACACCAACACAAGGUGUGCCGGUUCAAACUAUACCAACACAAGGUACACCGGUUCAAAAUACACCAACACAAGGUACACCGGUUCAAAAUACACCAACACAAGGUGCACCGGCUCCAAAUGCGCCAACGCAAGGUGCACCAGCCUCAAAUGUACCAACACAAGGUGUGCCGGUUCCAAAUACACCAUCACAAGGCGCGCCUGUUCAGAAUACACGAGGUACGUCUGUUCAAAAUACACUAGGUACGCCUGUUCAAAAUGCACCAACACGAGGUGUGUCGGUUCAAAAUACACCAACACGAGGUGUGUCGGUUCAAAAUACACCAACACGAGGUGUGUCGGUUCAAAAUACACUAACACGAGGUGUGUCUGUUCAAGGUACGCCUGCGGAAAACACACCAGUUCAAAAUACACCUAAUGAUACUCCAACACGGCCGCCAGUUUCAAGGACCGCUACAGCAGCAAAUACACCUGCACCUCGAACGACAAUAACUCAAGAUGUUUGUAAAGGUCUAUCUAAUUGUACACCUGAUCCACCAGGCAAAACUGACGCUACAGGAAAAAUGUUCAUUACAACUGCCCCACCAAAUACUGCGAUUUUUACUCAAACGCCUCAAAACCUGAAUCAGAAUCAAAAAACAACAAAAUUCACCCUAAAAACAUUUACAACAACAAUUACUACAGUAUUUCCAGGUUAUACGACUGUCGUCGCCACCACACAAACUGAUGGUAGUGUGGCUUCAUAUACUACUUAUGUCCCACCAAGUACCGUUGUUUUAUUACAAGUAGUUACAGGUGCCGUAGCGGAUGAUUCAAAUGAUGCUUUCGGAAUAAGUGGAUCGAAUAAAAUAGGGAAUAAUAAUAAUGGUUUAUUUGGUGCUGCUUUAAGUUUAAUAGUCGUGGGAACAACCAUGCUUUAUAUGAUUUUCGUGUAA